CUCUGGUCAGUUGAAGUAUAAAAUUGCAUUGUCCGAAAUUCUUGAUCAGUCAUGACGCCUUGGAAGUUGUGAAGCAUUUAAGAUCAUUUAGAGUUAUUCUUUGCGAACUGUGAGUUAUGAGACAAGCACCUUAUGGUAGCUGCAUACUGACUGUGAAGAGAUUGUGUUAGGGUUCUUCGCCAUCUGCACAAAGUACCACACCUUCUCUAAAAUUCUUGGUCAUCUGAAUCAGACGAAGCGGGAGCUCUUGCUCGAUCAGCCACCGAACCAGAUGUCGGGCGGUUACCCGAAUCAACAAUAUCAAAAACCGGUUACCCCACAAAUGAACUAUGCUCCAAGAGCUGAGCCUCCAGGAACGGCGUAUCCGCCGCAACCCGCAGGUAUGCCACCGCAGCAGUACCACCCCAGACCAAAACCAGGGUAUCCACAACACCAAAUGCCACCACAAGUCGUACACGGCGGGGCACAGCAAGUGCAGGGGCAGCAUCCGUUGGGGCAAUGGACCACUGGAUUGUGCGACUGUGGUGAUGACCCCACGAAUUUCUGCAUUGCGUUUUGUUGCACGUGUAUCACAUUCGGACAGAUCGCCGAGGUGAUUGACCAGGGCGCAACUUCGUGCCUGCUUGCUGGGGCUGGCUGGCUUGGUAUGUUGAUGUUCACCGGGUGCCCAUGCGCCAUAUCCUGUCUCUGGCGUGGGAAAUUGAGAGCUAAAUACAACAUCCAGGACGACGCCUUCACCGACUUCUGCAUUCACUGCUGGUGUGAGCCUUGCGCUGUUGCUCAGGAGUUUCGUGAGCUCAAGAACCGGGGUCUCGAUCCUGCCCUUGGAUGGAGCCUCUUGAGUCAGCAAGGAUACGGCGCGCAACCCAUGGGAAUCCCUAUGCAGGCUCCAAUGCAGAGAUGAUUGUAGCCCUUUUCUUUUAUUCUCAGAGUAAAUGUAUGUGUAUAGAUCAUUAUGAGAUGGAGUUCGUAAGGAAAGUUUGUCUAUUUGUAGUCGCUCGAGUAGAGUCUGACACUGCUUGAAUAAGCACAUCUGUCAUAACUCAAUUGUAAUACAACGCAUCCGAUGUCGGUUCAUUCGACAGACUUCUGCACGGCUUGUCUGUGUUCUCACA